CCGAAGAGAGAGGAGGUGAGGGCGGUCAUCCGCUUGGGGCCCCGGGUCCGCGGGGGCCGAGGGGCCGGGGCGCGGGGCAGACUGCCAAGAUCUCCACUUAAGGCAACAGAAAUCUUUAACUGUGGAACAUUGGGCAGGAGCAUUGCCAUUGGCUGGACAAGAAGGAAGAAGCAGAAUGUUUAUAUUGUUACACCAUAGAAUUCAGACUUCAGAAGAUAUUGGGUUAAGCAAUAUUAUUUACUCUGCAAUAUCAUUUACUUUGCCUGUCCUCAGUGAUCAUCACAAAUUAGUGAGAUACCUUUUAGGUCUUAUAAAUUGAGGUUGCACUGUUUUCCAGAUGCUGUCACAGCUGAUACAGGGCCUGUGAAAAAUGGAACCAAACUCUUUGAGGACUAAAGUUCCAGCUUUCUUGUCUGAUCUGGGGAAAGCCACAUUGAGGGGAAUCAGAAAGUGUCCCCGAUGUGGCACAUACAAUGGAACCCGGGGACUUAGCUGUAAGAACAAGACAUGUGGAACCAUAUUCCGCUAUGGUGCACGGAAGCAGCCUAGUGUUGAAGCUGUCAAAAUCAUCACAGGCUCUGACUUGCAGGUCUACUCAGUGAGACAAAGAGACCGGGGCCCUGAUUACCGAUGCUUUGUGGAGCUAGGUGUUUCAGAGACGACAAUCCAGACAGUGGAUGGGACAAUCAUUACUCAGCUGAGCUCCGGAAGAUGUUACGUCCCCUCAUGCCUGAAAGCAGCCUCCCAGGGUGUCGUGGAAAACCAGUGCCAGCACAUCAAACUGGCAGUGAACUGCCAGGCAGAGGCCACCCCUCUCACCUUAAAGAGCUCAGUCCUGAAUGCAAUGCAGGCCUCCCCUGAAACUAAGCAAACCAUCUGGCAACUGGCCACAGAACCCACAGGUCCCCUGGUACAGAGGAUCACUAAAAACAUUUUGGUGGUGAAGUGCAAGGCAAGCCAGAAGCAUAGUUUGGGAUAUUUACAUACAUCCUUUGUGCAGAAAAUCAGUGCCAAAAGUUUGCCUGAGCGCCGUUUCUUCUGCUCCUGUCAGACUCUGAAAUCGCACAAGUCGAAUGCCUCCAAUGAUGAGGCAGUCCAGAGAUGCAUUCAUUUCUUUGCUUGCAUCUGUGCCUUUGCCAGUGACGAGACAUUGGCUCAGGAAUUCUCAGACUUCCUAAAUUUUGAUUCCAGCGGUCUGAAAGAGAUUAUUGUGCCCCAGUUAGGUUGUCAUUCAGAGUCAACAGUAUCAGCUUGUGAACCUACUGCUUCUAAGCCAAAGAAGAAGAAAAAGGAUGAAGUAUCUGCCUGUGGUCAGCUAUUAGAUGAGGCACAAGUGACCUUAUCCUUCCAAGACUGGCUCGCCAGUGUCACUGAACGUAUACAUCAAACCAUGCACUAUCAGUUUGAUGGCAAACCAGAGCCACUGGUGUUUCACAUUCCACAGUCCUUUUUUGAUGCCCUGCAACAGAGAAUAUCUAUAGGAAGUGCAAAAAAACGGCUCCCCAAUUCUACCACAGCUUUUGUUCGGAAAGAUGCCUUGCCACUGGGAACCUUUUCCAAGUAUACCUGGCAUAUCACUAAUAUCUUGCAAGUUAAACAAAUUUUAGAUACCCCAGAGAUGCCCCUGGAAAUCACCCGGAGUUUCAUCCAGAACCGGGAUGGAACUUAUGAACUGUUUAAAUGUCCUAAGGUGGAAGUAGAGAGCAUAGCAGAAACCUAUGGUCGUAUAGAAAAACAACCAGUGCUUCGACCCUUGGAACUCAAAACUUUUCUCAAAGUUGGCAACACUUCUCCAGAUCAAAAGGAACCAACACCUUUCAUUAUUGAGUGGAUCCCAGAUAUCCUUCCCCAAUCCAAGAUCGGCGAGCUGCGGAUCAAGUUUGAAUAUGGUCACCACCGGAAUGGCCAUGUGGCAGAGUACCAAGACCAGCGACCCGCCUUGGAUCAGCCCUUGGAACUGGCCCCCCUGACCACCAUCACUUUCCCUUAAGGCAAAACAAGUCUUUUGCUGCUAAAUUUGCACAUACCCUCCCCUGACAACUUUAAAUACCAGUUAGGUACUUAGAACUACCUGUUUAUUAGGGAACUUCUCUUAGCUAAGAUAAAAUUUCUCAUAUGUUCACACGGAUUCUGUUGAAGUAACACUCUUCUUGUAAAUAGCCUUGUCGGUGCUGCUAUGUAUAGUCUUCAUGAUAAACUGGGUAAUAUUUCUGGCUAAAGUUUUUAAAGGAACAGAGAAAACCACUUCAUUUUCCUCCUUUAAGAACUCCCUUGUAAGAGUUUGUUUUAACCCCUUUCUAAUUCUCUUAACAAGUUAGCAACAGUCUGCCUUACACCAAUACUGUUGAAAAGUUAAUACUCUGGUUAGGGGAGAGUAUAAAGAACCAUCUCUGGGUAAAGUUGCACUCAUGCCCUUUUCUUCUAUCCUCAAUGCAGUGUCCCUAGUUUUUCCAGGUUAUGUCUCAUGUUGCUAGGAAAUCAUAAAUUUGGCAGGGUGAGGGACAGAGAUCUAGGUGAUAGUGAAAUAGGAAAAAGAGGUCCCAAGUAUCAAGGGAAAAGUGACAUUUCAAAAUAAUGCUUAUAAGUGCUUUCUCCAAAAGUUUUACAACUGGUAAGUUGAAUUCCUUUUUCUGAGUUUAUUGAUUAUAGCAUGGAGGUACUGAAAACCACAGAGGUAGAAAUGUGUCUUCAGGAAAAGAAAAGAAUGAACCUUUCCUACAUGCCUACUAUAUGUCAGCUGACCACCUCCAUUUACAUCCUCACUUAACCAUUUUUCUCACGUAGUCCUCAUUACUAAGUUUAGGAAUUACCUUCUUUUAUGAAGUUAAAGAAACAGCCUUUCUGAGGUUGUUUCUUGCCAGAAACAGCAUUAAAAAGAAUGUGUUACUCAAAGUACAUGUUCUUCCCACUUUAUCAUGUUGUUUUGAUAUAAAUUCCUUAUAAUUCCUUGUCUUGGGAAGAUAAGAAAAAUCCAUAUAGAGUAGGCUGUUGGUUUUCUUUUGAUUAUAAGUAACAGAAAUCCAACUCUUCACCAGCUUAAGCAAAAAUGAGCAUGAACAGCUGGUUUACGGUCAUUAAAAUAGGACCAAUGGGUAUGUAGGCUAGGUCUCAGCACCCUCGGGGCCUGAGUCCAUCCCACUUCUGUGCUACUGGAUCUUCAUUCAUUUUCAGCAUGGAGCAGCCCAUUUUCAUAGGAUUUCUGGCCCCUGAAGUACCUGAGUUUACGAAGUACCUGUCCUACCCUGGAGCAAGACAGAUCGCAUCCCAUUCUCCUGAACCAAAGGACAGGUCCCCUCCAGAAAGACUGAUCAGUCUAAUAAUGGAGGGGGCUGAGCAUUGUUGGUAAAAGAGGAAGUUUUGCCUUUACAGGAGGGGGAUAAGUAGAUUGACGGGCUAUGAUUGAUGUAUGAUGAGGAGGAUGAAGAUUGAGGGGCUAGCCCGCAUGGAUAGAUAGUUCCCAUGUACUUAAGACUAAGGAAAACUUGAGGAGGUACACAACUUUAAACUUGCACUGGGCUUUAAAGGAAACGGUCUGGAUGAUUAUGGAGAAGGUAGAAAUUAAAACUAAAGGCAGAGAGCCUGCCUGAAAAGCAAGAACACUUAAGUAAAUCUGAUGGUUGGCCAGUUCCAAAAAAUCAUUGAGA